AUGGCAAAUGAGUAUGAUUUCAUCGUCGUUGGAGGUGGUGCCUCUGGCUGCGUCGUGGCAUCAAGACUGGCCGAAGCCUCGACAAAGCCAUCAGUGGUUCUGAUCGAAGCUGGAGGACUGAACGAAGACGCGGCGCCUGUGACGGGCGCUUCGCGCUUCGAGCUCGCCUUCCAGAAAGACUCCCCUCUGAACUGGGGAUACAAGACGCAACCGCAAUGCCAUGGCCGAGAACUUGACUACUCCAGAGGAAAGGGGCUGGGCGGCAGCACGGCCAUUAACUUUUGCGGGUGGGCGGUCGGCCCUGAUGAAGACUACGAUGAGUGGGCCAGAAUGGUUGCCGAUGACACCUUUGGUUGGGAUCACGCCAAACAAUGCAUUCGCAGAAUCGAGAACUUCCAUAAUGAUGUACCAGCUGGGUUUCAACAGUAUAUCAAACCAAAAGAUCAAGAACAUGGAACAGGCGGCGGGGCGGUUGAUCUCUCGUACCAGGAGGAUUGGCUCCCAACCACACACGACGUCUUUGCGGCUGCUCAGGAAGUCGGUUACAAGAUCAAUGAAGAUGUCAACAACGGCAGCCCUAUCGGUAUAGGCAUCGGGCCCGUUAGCCUCUACAAAGGCGUUCGCGUCUCUUCGUCGAGUGCUUACCUCGCCAACCCUCCCGCCAACUUGACCGUUGUAGCCCAUGCUCAAGUUGCCAAAGUCAUCAUCGAAGGCCAGACGGCCAUUGGUGUGCAGACGACUGACGGUCGUCAAUUCAACGCAAGAAAGGAAAUCAUUCUGUCCGGCGGCGCCAUCAAUACGCCGCAGAUAUUGCUCCUUUCCGGGAUUGGGCCUUCAGAUGAGCUGUCAAAGCACGGCAUCACCACUGCGCAUAAUAUGCCCCAAGUUGGUAAGAACCUUCGGGACCACUGUUUCUCGACGGCCGGGAUCGUCAUCAAGAAAACGCACGAUAAGACAUUCAAACAAAGUCCAACUCCGAUGGGAUGGUUUCAGAUCCCGGCGGUCCUAGGAUCGGAGGAAUUCGAGGCGCUCCCGGUCGCGACGCAGAACUAUCUUCGAAAGCCAAACAUUCCGAAUUGGGAGAUGGCGACGCAUACUCCCUUCUUCGACGGCACCCCAGUAGAGACCGACGAGGAGAUCUUCUCGGCCAUUUGCAUAGCGAUGAACCCGCAAUCAAGGGGGACAGUCACAUUGAAGUCCUCCGACCCAGCAGCUGCACCCAUCAUAGACCCCAAGUUGCUGACCCAUCCGUUCGACCGACGGACGGCAAUCGAGAGCAUGCGGGAGUUGUUGAGAUACUUGCAGGCCCCGGUCUGGAAGCAGAAGACUGUGCGCAAUUUGGGGCGGCCGCGCGAUGAUUCGGAAAAGCAAUAUGGGUAUGAAUACUUCUUAUCCAACCUAUACAGUUCAUGGCAUAUGUGCGGGACCGUCCGAAUGGGUCAAGACGCAGAGGACGCUUGUGUCGAUGCCUCGUUCAAGGUCAUGGGGCUGAAACAAUUGCGGGUUGCUGAUAUGAGUGUCUGCCCUUUCAUACUGAACAAUCACCCCCAGUCGACGGCAUACGUAGUCGGGGAACUCGCCGCAGAGAAGCUUGUCGCAGAGCACGGUUUGGAUCGUGCCGAGGCAGAGGCCAGUGUCUGA